AUGCCUGAAGACCCGAAGAGGCCCCGGCGGGAGGAGAGACACAUGGCGCCCAAAAUCGGCACCCACAACGGGACCUUCCACUGCGAUGAGGCGCUGGCGUGUUACCUACUGCGGACACUGGAGUCCUACCGGGAUGCAGAGAUUAUAAGAACAAGGGACCCCCUGCUACUGACACAAUGUGAUGUAGUGGUUGAUGUAGGUGGAGAGUAUGAUCCAUCUAGAAAUCGUUAUGACCACCAUCAGAGAUCUUUCUGUGAGACUAUGAACAGCUUGUAUCCUGACAAGCCAUGGGUCACUAAGCUCAGCAGUGCCGGCCUGGUAUAUGCUCACUUUGGAUCUCAAAUCUUAGCUACACUUCUGGAUACAGAAGAGGAUGACCCCAUUAUACCUGUGUUGUAUGACAAGAUGUAUGAAAACUUUGUUGAAGAAAUUGAUGCUAUUGACAAUGGGAUAUCACAGUUUGAUGGGGAGCAGCGCUACAACAUAAGCACUACUCUAAGUUCUCGAGUGGCACAUCUCAACCCACGCUGGAAUGAACUAGAACAGGACACAGAGAUUGGCUUUAGAAAGGCUAUGGAACUGGCUGGAACAGAGUUUGUAUCUCGUCUGGACUUCUAUCAUCGAUCCUGGCUACCAGCUCGUGCUCUGGUUGAGCAAGCCAUCAGAGAGAGACUUCAGGUUGAUAACAGUGGAGAAGUGGUCAUCUUGGCGCAAGGUGGGUGUCCUUGGAAGGAACACCUUUUCCAGGUGGAGAAAGAACUAAGUCUAGAGAAACAAAUAAAAUAUGUCAUUUAUCCAGAUCAGAGCGGAAAGUGGAGGGUGCAGUGUGUCCCCACAGGUCCCAACACUUUCCAGAAUCGACUUUCUCUGCCCGAAGACUGGCGUGGACUGCGAGCGGAUGACCUCUCUUCAGUCAGUGGUAUUCCAGGUUGUAUCUUUGUUCAUGCCACUGGCUUCAUUGGUGGGAAUGAGACACAAGGAGGAGCACUGGAGAUGGCACGGAAAGCCUUGACUUCCUAG